UGCGAUAAUUUUUAAAAGCUAUCGAGUACUGAGUCAGUAAUACUGACUGAUGACAAUUGGUGACAAAUAGGAGAAUGAAACCAAAACAUACAAAUGGAAAUUGGAAAGAGAGUAAAAAAUAGUAGAUAGUUUUCAGGUAGAAGGAAAGUUAUAGCUUACACAUUUAUAUUAAAUGUGUUAAAGAAUUAUUUAAAAUGGCCGAUGAAAAACAGGCCCUGGUAGAAAAAAUCAUCAAAGAUGUGCAUAUCGUUUUGUCGAACACAGCUGAGUUAUAUGCCUUCGAUAUUGUUCCUGUGGAAACGAAUUUUAGGAAUAAGUCGCCCGUGAUGUGCAUAGAAAAUUGCCUGGGUUUGGAGUCCUGGUGCGUGAAACAGGUUUAUUUGCACUCUUAUACUGUACUAAUGGAUAAAAUGUGCUUUAAAACACAAAGGAAGUCCAGACAAGUUUUGGAUUCAGAAACUUUAUUAAGAUUACUUAAUGUCACCCUCCUUAUCAAUCCUGAUCUCUCUGUAUUGUGGAAUAAAAGAAGAGAAAUGGUUCAAGAAUUACUACUUGACAAAUCAACUGAAUUAAAAUUUACAAGAUUAGUUUUAUCAAGAAAACCAAAAUGUAAUGAUGCCUUUGCACACAGAAGAUGGAUAUUAGGAACAUAUUUAAACAGUGGGUUAUUUCAUUAUAUGUUUCUUGGUCACCAGAUAAAUACUAUGGAGAGUUUAAUUAAUACAGAACUAAGUGUAUGUGAUUUAACAGCAGACAAAUGUCCCAAUAAUUACCAUAGUUGGAGUCAUCGCUUAUGGUUUAUAAACAAGCUUAGAAAUAGUAUAAAACAAGAUGACAUGCAUACAUUAUACAUAAAAGAAUAUAACUUUUCUGAGAGGUGGAUGUCAAAGCAUGUUUCAGAUUUCAGCUGUUUUCAUUAUCGUCAGUUUUGUAUAAAAAAUACCUACAACUUAAGUAACUUGUCUUGGAAAACUUUUGAGAACUCGUUAGAUAUAAAUUUUCGUAAAGUGCUCCUGUGUCUGCUUGUUAAUAAUUUCCCAAAAGAUAUGACAAUACAAGCAUCAGAACAAGAUUUAGUUUCAUAUUCAGAAGAGAAUCUAAUACAGUUUUUGCUGUCUUAUAAUAAUAGUUGUUCCUGCAAUGUUGACAGUGUAUCAUUAUGUAGGAAAUUUGAGAUACUAUGCUAUGAACUUACACUUAAUAGUGAGUUGCUCCGAUUCUAUAAACAUCAUGAGAGCAUGUGGUAUCAUAGACGCUUCAUUUUGCAUGAAAUUAUUGAAAUGAUGUAUGAUCAUUUUGGUUUGUUUCGACAUAAUGGAGUUCUUGUAAGAAAAAGCUGCAAAUAUUGUAAAACAACUGAUCUCAGACAAAAACAGGCAAAAAUAAUUCGAUCUCAUGGUGACUGUUUGUAUAAAAGUGUUCUCUUUCAAGUAAUAAUAAAACAUGAAAAAAGUUUUAUACAAGAAAGAAAUGAUGACAAUCAUGCAGUCAGACAUGAAAAAUAUUUGAAGCUUAUUCAAGGAUUAAACAAUCUGAUGUAAUUUCAUUGAAGAGAGAACCAAACUGGAGUCACUAUCACCGUAUAAGAUUGAUACAUCUCUUUUUAAUACCUUCACACAGCAACAGAAAUGCUCUUACAAUUUGUAAGAUAUAUAUCUAGAUAAGAUAUCUUAGUUUGUGUUUUUUCUGCUGCAAUUUGACAUAAAAACUCUUUCCAAAAAUUCCUGGACCUAUUAGGUAUUUUGUCAACGCUGUGUAGUUGGUUACGUCGCAGUGGGUUAAAUAAAUCGUAUCCCAGGACAACGUGGCAAACCGUCCGCUAUUCCUGUCUGUAGCAUAGAUAUUAGGUUUCCUACAACUUGUGUAUUAUAUGGAUUUUAUAUUGUAGCUUAGAAUUAUUAUUGUACUAUUUAUGCAUACUUAUAAAUUGCUUUAAAUAUAGUGUGUUUUUAUUA